GUCGUAAUGGCUGCCGGUAGUACUUAGUAGAUCCAUUUCUCCACUCUAAAAUUUUCAGUACUUCGCUCUGAGUCUAAUUUCCUCUCGUGAUUUCUGUGUUAUAAUUCAUAUUAUGUUUAGCCGCGACUUGGUUUUCCAGGAAUCUCAGUUGGACGACCAUGGUUCCGAUGCUACCCGAUUUCUUUAGCCACUGAUGUCCGGAGCAGGUUCCAGUGGUACUGGCCGAGGCCGUGGCGGAGUCUCAUCAGUUGCUGAAUCACCCAAAUCUGAGAAUCGUGAUAUUAAACCUAAUCCAAAAAUGUCCAAGGCUUUAAGUACUUCUGCGAAAAGGAUACAAAAAGAAUUAGCGGAAAUCACCUUGGACCCACCCCCAAAUUGCAGUGCUGGACCCAAAGGAGAUAAUUUCUAUGAAUGGGUAUCAACAAUCCUAGGACCUCCCGGCUCAGUAUAUGAGGGAGGAGUUUUCUUCUUAGAUAUUCAUUUCUCUCCCGAAUAUCCCUUCAAGCCGCCCAAGGUCACUUUCAGGACUCGGAUUUAUCACUGCAAUAUCAACAGUCAAGGAGUGAUAUGUCUUGAUAUUCUGAAAGAUAACUGGUCCCCCGCACUGACCAUUUCCAAAGUUCUGCUAUCAAUUUGCUCACUUUUGACUGAUUGCAAUCCUGCUGACCCUCUUGUUGGAAGUAUAGCCACACAGUAUUUACAAAACCGCGAAGAGCACGACAGGAUUGCCAGAUUAUGGACGAAACGUUAUGCAACGUGAACACAUUGGUACUACAUCCUCUAUUCCCUCCUUUCCCUCUUCCAUGACGACUUUUACUUUUGGAAAUUCGAUCACAGUCCUGAAGAAAUCAUGAAAACUUAUUGAAAAAAGUACUUUUUUACCUUAAUUUAUUUUUUUAAACAUGCAGCAGUCUUUAUCUAUUGAGGUAGAUAUGCAUCUCCGAUCGCUCUUUUUAAUUAUUUAUUUUGUCUUCAGUGUGCUACUUCUAUCAUUUUUUGUAAAUUUCUCCGAGUCUUGCUUUUAAUUGUAUAUUGUAAAUAAUUACGUCUGCGUUAGUAGCUAUCUCUAGUGUAAAUUUAAAUCAUAAUGAAAUUUUAAUCGAAUAUAGAGUUUUUAGAGUAUUAUAUCAUAAUCUUACAUAGUAUCAAUCAUUGUUUGUUCUUUUUUUCUAUUUUUUUUCUUGUGAAUGUUUUCCAUGGUUUUCGUCUACUUUUUGGUGUAAUAUUUUCCUGUCAGUACUCAACGUUCCUAAAUAAGGAGGGUUGUGAAAUGUCCCUUCAAUCCACUGUUAAUUUAAUUGCAGUCUUAGCUCUGCAAAGGAAUUCUCAAGGAAUGAGGUGGGUGCACUAACUCAAAUAGACUGCAGGAAUCCAAUCCCUACUAAAAUCAUGUGAUAGAUUAAUUAAUUUUUAUCUUUUCUGAGAGCUCGGAUUCAGAAGCCUACGUUACAACUUGAAGAACAAAUGAUCAGCAUGAAUUUCUAACCGUUUGUCAUCUUCUUAAUCUCAUAAAAAUCUCGAAAAGUCUUGCAAUUGAUGAUUUAAAUAGUUUGAAUUUACCAUAGCGUUGUGGUGAGUAGGACUUUUCUUAGUAAGAUAAAUUCAUAUUCAGUUGUCAAUAUAAUUUUGUUAGUGAAUUAAAUCAUUAGCAGGAAAACAUCUGUUCUCUCUGCUCGACUCUCAUUUCUGAUGAUUGUAAAUGAUUUCUGCGCUUAUUUUGCCGACUGGUCAGUUCCUUCAAUUUUUUACGAUCAAAGAUUUUUUAAUACAUAUUAAUAUAUUGCCUUUCUUUAGAUUCAUCCCUUUCCAGUCGUCUACUCAAAUUAUCUUUCACAUAAAAAAAAAUCCGUAAUAGAAAGGUUUGACCACUACCUAGAGAUGAUAAUUCAACUGUGUCCUAUACCUAAGUAAUCACAAAACUUGUACAGGAAAUUUUUUUAAUCUGGUCAUAUUGGAAAAUUCUUAGAUCAAUCAAUUUUAAAUCCAAGCAGCAAAAUCGGUUGUUUUUUUUUGUUUUUUUUUUUUUUUAAAUUUUUAGAGAUACAGCUGAAGUUGCAGGAGGCAACCUCAGUGUGUCUGAUUAAAACUUGAGUGAGUAAAGGGGACUGUGCAAAAGAUAGCUGUGAGGGUUACCAAAAGGAACUUAUUUAAUAAUCGAGAAUAGAUAUUAUGACUGAGUCGAUUAAUUUACGGUCUUGACAAGCACUGCUGCUUUCUUCAUGCGUUCCUGUAAGCAUGAAUGAGAUUUAAUAAUCCCUUCAAGGCUAGAGCCUAGUCAAGAUGAAAAAAUGUAUUUCUUUGUUGCUUUGUCAUGGAUUUUCCUAGAAAACUGAUCUCAUAAGACCCAUGGGAUACUACUUCAUGGAAUUGCUGCUGAGCAAAUUCCCCAUUUUUCUCUUAAUGUGUAGAAAUUCAUUCGGCGCUUCCCUCCUUGUUACGCUCCUCAGUAAACUUAAAAUGAGAGACUUUAAAAAUGUCUUUAGUGUUUAACCGAUCAAUAUUGUUUUGAAAGAAAGACAGUGUUAUCGACUAAUUAUUUUUGGUUGAGAUUGAAUUUUUUAAAUAAAGGUUUAACGCAUUUUAUCACACGAAA